AUGGCAGGAUCCAAGGCAUCAGGCAAUCGAUCCCGUCGCACCCACGUGCUGGGCGCCUGCAAGACCUGUCGUCGCCGACAUGCCAAAUGCGAUCAACGACGGCCCUCAUGCCAGAUGUGUCGCGCCAGCGGGGUGCUAUGCGAGGGGUUUGCCGAUGACAUUCGCUGGGUCUCAGCGCGUCCGCCGCGAGGGAGGGAGAAGAAGCACCGGGAUGCGGCCAAGCACGGUCCGCGACGGCUGCUCUAUACAGAGAAAUCGCGGCUGUCUAUGAGCGAUGCGUUGAGUGCGGACCUCCUGGCGGGGUCUAUCGAUGCUUCGCUGGCGGAGAUCGAUCUUCGGACGAGGGAUUCAGAGCGUGGUGCUGAGAGAAGUCUCGUGGUCAGGCCUUUUUCUGUCCUGGACUUGUCGGAUAAGAUGCAUCAGGAUAUUGCUGCGCAGCCGGCGGUCUCGCCAGACAAGGCCAUUGUCAGUUCGCCUCGGGGGGCAGCACCUCCAGUCGAAACCAGUUUGGUCGUCAGCCCGUCACUGGCGCAGGAGUCGAUUGCCUCCAUGAACGAUCUGCUGCAGUGGUCGGACUUAUUCAGCAUGGAUCUUCAGAUGCCUGACAGCAUGAUGUCGACCGCUUUUGACACCGGGGAUGCGCUUUUCCUGGAACCUGAUGCGCAGGCGGCUGUGAACGGUGGCGCGAUAGGCAUGACAGACUCUACUCUGGAUGCAAAUACAGCGCAGGAGAUACAUUCCACGGUGAUGCCACAGAUAUCUGCAGACCUGGGCAGCGAGCCAGCCGACGUGCUGGUCCACGCCCACUUCCUCCUCCGCCACUUCCAAGAUCAUGUCAUCUCACGUAUGUCCGCUAUUCCACUGCAGCAAAAGUCUCCAUGGAAGAUAUUGAACGUGCCAUCCGCCGUCGUCACAUACAGCGACCUGACCUUUCUCAGCGCGCAAAACAUCAGCCAUGCUCGCCUGGCGAAUCUGUAUUGUCUUCUCGCAUGCGCGGCACACCAUCUCAGCGUCGACCCCUCAACGACUACGAGCGACGACUCCAGAGCAACCUGGCAUCCCAUCGCCGAGCACGCCUACCGUCUCGCCAGGGAGCACAUGCAGACAUCCCUGAGAAACGAGAUCCAGCCCAAAGUCGCCAAAUACAAAGACCAGCUAAUGGCGAUCUGCGCCCUGACUGAAUACGCCAUCAUCAGCGGCCAACCACAAGACGCAAGAUGCUACAUGGUCGACGCCGAGCGCCUGCUGCGUCUGCGCGGCCUCUCCAAACGCCGCAUCUCGCAGAAAGCCCGCCUGCUCCAUCAUGUCUACACCUGGCUGCGCAUCAUCAGCGAAAGCACCUACACUCUCCACGACUAUACCCCUUCCGAACACUUCCUGGAUGCGCUACGAUGCUCCUUCCGAUGUCCGAAAUCCGAUACCAUCGCCAAACCCACCACCACCACCACCACAACCACUCCGAACGAACACCCACCCCGCCUCGACGACUUCCUCCGUCUCGCCCGCUGCCCCUCCGAUAGCGACCUGAACAUCCACGAACCCAAAAGCCAAGAGGUAGGCCUCCACGAAAUCCACCUCCAAGACUCGCGCAGUUACCCCGACACCCUCUACCACCAGAUCUACGGCAUCCCGGAAACCUGGCUGAGUCUCGUCUCGCAGACCACGCGACUGGCCAACGUGAUGGAGACGUUCCGGCUCGCGCGACGCACCCGGUCGGUCAAGCAGGCGAGUAGUGAGGCCUGGGAUGCGUUGCAUCGGCGCAGUGCUCGGUUGGAGAAUAUGGUGUGUGCACUGGCUUCACGGAAGGGGGAGCGGGAGGGGGGGACGGGGACGGGGACGGAGCGAGCGAAUAACCGUUCGGAGCCCGGUGUCCAGGCGCAUGCGUGUUUGCUUGAUGCGUUGAAUGCUGCGCUGGUGAUUUUUUUCUACAGGCGGAUCCGCGAGGUGCAUCCGCUGGUCCUGGAGGGGUUUGUGGAUCAGGUUGUUUCGUCGUUAGGGAGGUUUGAUGCCGCGUUGACGGAGGCGGGAUGGACGGGGCCGGGGACGGCGUGGCCGCUAUUCAUUGCCGGGUGUGAGGCGAUGACCGCAGAACGACGUGGGGAGGUGUUGCGAUUGUUGGAGAAGGGGGAGGCAAGGUGCGGGUUUGCGGGGUUUCGCGUGGCAAGGGAGGUUCUGAAGGAGGUGUGGGUGCAGCAGGAUGAGCAUCUCACCUCGAGUCGCGGGGAGUCGGUGCCGACUUGGUUGGACGUCACGAAGCGAGGGCAGAUAUGGCCUAUCCUCGCCUAA